AUGUCAUCUUUCAGUCUUACCAACGACUCACUUCUGGGGAUCCUCAACAUCAUAAAGUUCUUGUUCUCAAUCACUAUCCUCUUGGUCGGAAUCUUGCUAAGCGAAAACGCAGCCUUAACGGACUGCGACCGUUUCUUCUACAAGCCGCUUAUCUGGUUCGGAGUCUUUCUCCUGCUCGUCUCUUUGACAGGCUUUAUCGGGGCCUGCUUCUACGGCCACUUGCCACGCAUGCUCUGGGUCUACCAAGUCCUCAUGUUUCUUCUCAUUGUAGCCGGCAUCAUUUUCACUAUUUUCGCUUUUGCGGUAACUAAUAAAGGCGGUGGUCGGUUGUUACCCGGUGCUGGAUAUAAAGUGUACAGGCUGGGAGAUUACUCUAACUGGCUUCAAAAUCGACUUAAUAACAACAGGAAUUGGAAUAAGAUCAAGACCUGUUUGGUUGAAUCCAAGGUUUGCAGUGAUUUAUAUUCCAAGUAUUGGGAUGUUAGUUUCAACAAAUUCCAUCAAAAGCCCUUGAAUCCUAUUCAGACUGGUUGUUGUAAGCCGCCAAACGAAUGUGGGUUUACGUACGUGAAUCCAGCACGUUGGGUGGAGGAGAAUUGGCAAGUGUACUCUGAAAAUCCUGAUUGCAAGGCAUGGGAUAAUGAUCAAAAUAUACUAUGCUACAAUUGCGAAUCGUGCAAGGCAGGGGUUUUAGACAACACCAAGCAUUCGUGGAAGAAGGUUCAGUGGUUUUACGUCAUAUGCCAGAUGUUGCUCAUCAUUAUGUAUGCAGUUGGUUGCUUUGCUUUCAGAAACAUAUUGAUCGAUGAGAGUUGA